AGUUCCAGCUGAGAGAGAGAGAGAGAGAGAGAAAGAGAGAGAGAGAGAGAGAGAAAGAGAGAGAGAGAGAGAGAGAGGACGAUCGGACGUGGAAGUCGCGCGGCCCAAACAGACCUAAGCCCGUGCGCCCGUGACUGGAUCCACCGGAUGCAAAAAAAAAAGUACAGACAGAGAAAGAGGAAACGACCCCCUCCUCCCCCCGACGGACAGCAGAGCGCGACAGCAGAGGAGAGAAACACCAAUACAACUUGUCAUCUGACCAAUACAGUCACUGCUCUCGUCGCUGUGUGUGUGUGUGUGUGUGUGUUUUUGUACACCGUUUUGUUGUUUUGACGGAGGUCUGCUUUGCAACUAUUUUGGGACCUUAUUUGUGAUUGCCGGACGAUUAACUCGGGAUAUUAUUCUACAAGUUUUAAUUGUACAAUUUUCCUGUCCGCGGGUUUCGUUGUCAUUUGACGUUUUUGUAUAUUGAUUAUGGACAGUAUUCUUUCUCAGAUAGUCUGAGUGUCCCGCCCACACUGGCCCUCUUGAGAAUAACAGCUUGAUCCACUGAAGCGUUUUAACAACAUUCAACUGCAAUGGAAUAUUUCGAUGAAAAUAUUUCUGCAAGGAAAUAAGGAACUCUGCACAACCUCACGUGAAAGUCAUCCAGCAUACUCGUCCUAUUGGUCGGCUCCCCGGUCUGUUAGCCACGCCCCUUCAAGUGCCCCCAGCAGGCCUAUCUUUCUACGACCCCAUCUGGCCCAGGAUGUCCAGGCAGCUCACCCAGCUUCCGAACCCCGACCUCCCAGCUGGCACAAGCCCACAGUUUGGAAGUUGUACCCAGCCUGCAGGCUCCCUCACAGGGACGCAACUCAACUCUAUGGCAGGUCUUAAAUCCCUCCUGCAGCACCCCAUGAAGGGAGACCAACGUUUAAAACCCCCAUGUGAUGCAAAAGACAAAGAGAGGCUGGACGUUGAUGAGGACUCCAGUGGAGUGUGCCCCGUGAGGAAUGGCAGUGGAAUAGGCAACAGUACUAACAGUAAUGGCGGUGGAGGAGGAAGUGGAGGAGGAGGUGGUCCUUCAGGUAGUGGUGGAAAUGGAGGAGGAAGUUUUAACCAGUUCUUGGGGCCCCUUUUGUGGGAUCGCACCCUGCCUGCGGAUGGGGGCCUCUUUCAGCUUCAGUACAUGGACUUGGAGGAGUUUCUGACCGAAAAUGGAAUGGGCAGCAUGCAUAAUAACAACAGCUCCAGUUCAGCCCAGAUCCCCUCACAGAGCUCCCAGUCAGCCGUGCCCAACCAGAGCUCCCAGUGCCUACCGCCCUCAUCCCCACCUGGCUCUUCAUCUUCAUCACCUUCUCCCUCUUCUUCCCCAUCGCUCAUUGGUUUGGAGGUGGCUCAGCCGCAGAGCCUUGGAGGUGGAAAUGACUGUUUGCAUGGGAGUCAGACCAGUAUGAACGACUCCUGUGAGUCCCCCUCUUCUUCCUCCUCGUCCUCCUGUCCUCCUCUGCUGACGCCCACGGACAGCGGUCCAGACGGGAACGGCAUGUACGACAUGGAUUCUUCGGACAUGGAUAUGUCUAACCAGCCGAACUACGACCCCAGGAGGCACUCCUUCAGUGAAGAGGAACUCAAGCCACAGCCGAUGAUCAAGAAGGCCCGCAAGAUCCUGGUGCCCGAGGGCUUGAAGGAUGAGAAGUACUGGACCAGGAGGUAUAAAAACAAUGAAGCAGCAAAGCGUUCCCGAGAUGCUCGCCGUCUCAAGGAGAACCAAAUAUCUGUGCGUGCCGCCUACCUGGAGAGAGAGAACGCCGCCCUCCGACAGGAAGUGGCCGAGAUCCGGAAGGAACUGGGCCGCUGUCGCAACAUCCUUAGUAAAUACGAGAACCGUCUCGCUGACCAGUGAUGAAGAUGUGGAGCAAAAUCGGAAAGAGGAGGAAUAUAAGCUGGAUUAAAUUUAAGACUCUUGGGGUGGCACGAUGGACAGAAUGGGGUCAGGAAAAUGAUGAUGAUGAUGAUGCUGAUGAUGAUGAUGAUGAUGAUUAUGAUGAUGAAUGUAAAAGACAAGGGGAAGAUUUGCCUAUUGAAGCUCAGGUGUCUUGUUUUGUUGAGGUGUCAACUCUUAAAAGUGAAAGACGGAGAGAAUAAUUUAACAGAUGAAAAGACGUGACUUUUAAGAGUUUUGUUAUUGGAGAAUUGUAUAUUUUUAUAAUACUUAAGAAAAAUUAGAUGGAGAGCAAAUUUGGAGAAUAAUUUUGUAUAUUUUCUACAUAGAGACGGGAGAAAGCUAUGGUAAAUAUCUUUUUAUUAUAGAGGAGUCAGGAGAUGUUUAACAGGUGGUCAGCCAUCGAUGGGUAUUUUUCGACUUGAUUAUUAUAGUCAGGAUGCAGCAGCAGGGGCGAGGACGCAUGUAACAAUUGUAAUAUAGAGAGCAAAAAUUAUCUAUAAUCGUAUAGUUCAACAUUUUUGUGGAUUUUAUUCAAGCACUUAAUUUUUCUUCCUGUUAUGUUUCUGUCACUGGGAAUGGGCAUGCUAGAGAGACGAAAGGAGAGAGGAGACACCGUGUCAACAGUCUCGUGCGUUCUGCUUUAAUUGAACAGCAUCCUCCUUUUCGUUAAUUAACUUAAACUCAGCAAUAUUAUUUCUUUGUACUUUGAGCUUAACUUUCUGCGAUUGGUACAUCUUUCACGAGUCCGUACUCUUAUCUUUGACUCGAUCUAUUUCUCUCUAUCCCGGCUGAGUGCUUUAAAUCUACUCUGGUGUCUCGUCCUAUCUCACCUACGCUGGUGAAAGCCUGUUGUGAUGCCCCGGGUAACUCUGCUCCCUCUUGAUCCUCUCUUUUGAAUUGUUGGGACGUUUCUCUUCCUCUGUUUCUAUAUCCGACUGCUCUAUUUCGGUCCACUCUCACUUACAGCCAAUCCCCUCACAGUUAUGUGCGAACUCUUCCCAUAACAUGUUGUCCCCAUGUCUCUCUUGUACCUCGUGGUACACAGACUAGGUACAUCUCAGUGUUGUAUUGUGUUCUAAAAUAGUAAUUCCCAGUAAAACAUCGCACAUCGUUACUUUACUGUACUUUAUGAACACACUUUGAUUAGCAUUGUUAUGGUGGGGGGGAGACAUGUUGUUGUAUAUUGGAUAGGCCUAUACUAUUUUGUGUAUUUGAUGUAUUCCAGGAGAUGGGUUCAAUACCCCCAUUGAGUGGAAUGGUGUUAAUUUCUCAGAUUUCUGGGAGAAAUAAAAGCCAAAAUUUCCUAUAUUGAUCCACAAA